GAGUUCCGGGUAGAGUUCCGGAUGCCAACAAGUUUUCUGGCUGUAGAAAUGGCCACGCUCUGUCUCUUCGACAUGGAUGGGACCUUGACUGCCCCGCGGCAGAAAAUUACAAAAGAAAUGGAUGGCUUUCUACAAAAAUUGAGGCAGAAGACCAAAAUUGGAGUGGUAGGUGGGUCAGAUUUUGAGAAACUGCAAGAGCAACUGGGAAACGAUGUGGUUGAGAAAUACGAUUAUGUGUUUCCAGAGAAUGGCUUGGUAGCGUACAAAGAUGGGAAGCUAUUGUGUAAACAGAAUAUCCAGGGUCAUCUGGGGGAGGAUGUGAUCCAGGACCUGAUCAACUACUGUCUGAGCUACAUUGCAAAAAUUAAACUCCCUAAGAAAAGGGGAACUUUCAUCGAAUUCCGAAAUGGCAUGUUGAAUGUGUCCCCCAUUGGAAGAAGCUGCACCCAAGAAGAACGAAUUGAAUUCUAUGAACUGGAUAAAAAAGAACAUAUACGACAAAAAUUCGUAGCAGACCUGAGGAAGGAAUUUGCAGGGAAAGGCCUCACAUUCUCCAUAGGUGGCCAAAUCAGCUUCGAUGUCUUUCCUGAAGGAUGGGACAAGCGGUAUUGCCUGAGACACCUGGAACAGGAUGGUUUUAAGACCAUUUAUUUCUUCGGAGACAAGACUAUGCCAGGUGGUAAUGACCAUGAGAUCUUCACAGACCCCAGAACUGUGGGCUACACAGUGACAGCACCCGAAGACACAAGCAGGAUCUGUGAGGAGCUCUUCCCGUAACACCAGACAACAACACUGAAAGGUCACUAAGGGUCAGGGGUCACUUAGGGUCAGAGUGGAAGUCCCUCCACACAUGUGCAUGGCCCCAGACUCUGUUCUUAGUGGGUCCAAUCACACGGGAGCUAGAGGUCAGCUCACUGGGCUUGCCAAUAGGCCGCACCUUCAUCCAGAACCAGCAGCAGCCCCAAGAGAAAGAAUUUAUCAGAAAUGGCUGUGGCUGGGUAUCAUGGCUUGUGUGUGUAAUCUGUGCUUUGAAGCCAGCCUGAGGUACAGAAUGAGACCGUGUCUCAAAACAAAAAGAUGGUGGCUUUGGGUUGGGGUAUAGCCUGUAGGACACUUGCCUAGCAUGGAUCCCAGCCUACACCUUAGGGACCUCAGAGACAGAAGUAACUUCUGCCAGUCCCUUCUCCCCACCCAUGGUCUAAGAGCUAGCUGAUAGAAUACAUGCUGCCCUUUGAAAAUUUCCCAUCAUAUGAUACAGGAAAAAAUAAGAAUGUACCUGGGUCCAUUAUCCUUUGAGGAACUUAAGGUGUAGGUUCGGGUGGUUGUGGUGGAUUUGGGGCAGGGGGAUUCUAUUUUGAAACAUGGUCUCACUGUGUAGCUGUGGCUGCCCCAGAACCUGCUGUGUAGACCAGGUGGGCCUUGAGUUCAGGGUCUUCCUGCCUCUGCCUUACAAAUGCAGAUUACAUGCACCAACACCAGCUAAGGUUU